CGGAUCUACAUUUUAGUUUAUUCCGGUUCUGCGCAGUAGGCUGUUAUUGUUACGAAAGCCAGGAAGGAGACUGAAGCGUGUCAACCUCAGUGGUUUGAAGCCAGUUCUGUGACAGUACUGUACGACACGUCAAGAGUACCCCCACUCUAAAGUAUGCCAAAAGUUGCACUGGUGACUGGUUCCAAUAAGGGGAUUGGAUUUGCAAUUGUGCGGUCGCUUUGCAAGCAAUUCAAUGGUGAUGUUUUCCUCAGUGGCCGGGAUGCUGGCCGUGGCACAGCGGCUGUGGAGAGCCUGAAUUCUGAAGGGCUGAAACCCCUCUUCCAACAGCUUGACAUCGACAACCCAGAAAGUGUGCGGGCGGCCCGAGAUUUCUUCAAUGAGAAAUACGGUGGCCUUGAUGUGCUCAUUAACAAUGCUGGGAUUGCCUUUAAAAAUGCUGAUACUACACCCUUUGGAACCCAAGCUGAGGUGACUCUCAAAACUAACUUCUUUGCCACAAGAGACAUGUGCAAUGAGUUUCUUCCCAUCAUCAAACCAGGAGGGAGGGUGGUGAACGUGUCUAGUGUUAUGAGCUCCAUCGCCCUGAACCGCUGCAGCCCUGAACUCCAGGCCCGGUUCCGCAGCAAUGACAUCACAGAGGAGGAGCUGGUGGGGCUGAUGGAGAGGUUUGUCCAGGAGGCCCAGGCAGGGGCGCACUCCCAGGGGGGCUGGCCCGACACAGCCUACGGGGUGUCCAAAACAGGCCUCACCGUGCUCUCCAGGAUCCACGCCCGCAAGCUGAGGCAUGAGAGACCAGCUGACCAGAUCCUUCUGAAUGCGUGCUGCCCAGGCUGGGUGAGGACCGAUAUGGCUGGGCCCACCGCCACCAAGUCACCUGACGAGGGCGCCAUCACCCCCGUUUACCUGGCCCUGCUUCCUGCGGGGGCUGGGGAGCCGCAGGGACAGUUUGUGAUGGACAAGAAGGUCCAUCCGUGGUGAGGAUUAGGUUAAUGUGUGUAAUGUGUGUAUUCUGGAGGGGUUUAGAGUCUGGUUCUUAUCUGUGGGAAUGUGGGUUAAAUGCACUGUAUACAUUGGAAAGGACAACAUCACAGGAAAAUGCAGGACAAACAACUUAUUUUCACACAAUCAGGUGGGCUCUGUUUAGCAAAAAAAAAAAUAGCAUUAGCAAAAUUUAGCAUGUUUUGGCAUUAAUGUGUCUAUGAGUUUGCAAACAAUGUAAUUUCAUAAUUUAGUUAAUAAAGCUGCAUACAAA